CUCGCCGGUUCACUUCGUAGUGGUCGCAGUUUUUAAGUUGAAAUAAUGAAAUUGUUUAUCGUGUUGAUUGUUUUCCUGGGCGCAGUCUCAGCCGGUGAAAAGGAAACUUUUCUCAAAAGAUUCAGAAAUUAUCUAAAAGAUGUCUGGGAUGACGUUGCGACUAUUACUGAAGACGCUGGUGUUGUAGUGAAAUUUAUUGAUAGCUAUCCAUUAUUACAUGCAGCCUCAAAGGGUGACAUAGAAGCGGUCGAGAAAAAAUUAAGCAAUAAAAGGUUUCACGUGGAUUUCACCACUCCAGAUCUCACGACGAUGUUGAUGGAAGCUUCCGCUUUUGGUAAAUAUGACAUGGUUAAGUUAUUAAUUGAUCGCGGGGCUCAUGUAACACAUUCCAAUAAAUAUGGAUUUACGGCCUCUGACUAUGCCAAAAAAAACGGCCAUUACAACAUUGUGCAAUUAUUAGAGAACAAAGAUACUGAAAUGGUACUUUAUGAACCACUAACUAAUGAUGCAAGACGUUUAACAAGCAACAGCGGAGCUACAAAUGAACAAAAUUUUAUGCAUAUAACUUUCCUCACUCUAUUAAUGUAUGCCUUUGCCCGUGUUUUUCAGUGAAUAAAAACAUUUUAUUGAUAAUUUUAUAUAGCCGUA